AUGACCAUGCUAGAUAUGUCUGACAACACCAGUUGCAGUGUAUCGCAAGAGAUCACUCCACAAGGGUUUCUCUCCGAUGGAGAAACAUUACCAGAAUCUGUAAGAUCUCUGUUGAACGACGACAUGUUUAAGGAUAUUAAACAGGUCCAUCAUGAUAAGAUAUCUGAUAACCGUGAUUGUAAAUACCAAAAAUGUCUCUCUUUAUUUAUAAGAGGUGAUAUUAAAGGAUGUUUAGAGAGUAUGGUAGAAAAUGGUUUGUUAUCUGAAGAAACUUUGAGUGAUGAUGUGGAAGUAUACGAUCUGUAUUUAACUGCAUGUAAUGAAAUAUUGAAUUUUCAGGACCUUGGAGUUACUCUAAAGAAUAUUGUCAGGGAUACUUACUCAGCUAAAGUCGAAUCUCUUAAAAUGGUAGAUCAUUAUGCUUCCGAUAUGGAGAAAGUAAUGGAAUUCUGGGAUAAAUAUUUUAAUAAUUGUAUCAAGACGAUACCUAUACGACGUGAUCCAGAAUUUUCAAUGUUUUUACAAACUGAAUUGAAACUGACAUUGUCAAAAAGUGCUGGCAGGAUAUAUAUGAAUGGAUCAAAUGGAGUUACAAUCCCUACUCUAUUGUAUUUCAAGAAAUUGGUUCAUUUAUAUAUAUUCAAAUUGGAGAUUGAAAAUAUGGGAAGUAAGCGGAAUGUUAAACUUUAUCAGAAACUAUGUUCUUCGAUUCCUCACCUUUCUGAGAUUUUAACCGACAAUAGUAUGAACGGCAAAGGGAAUUCAUACGAGUCAACUAUCUUAGCUCAGCUGGAACCCCCACUUGAAAAGAAGACCCCUACACCGCAAAUUGGUAAUCACCAAGUCAAGAAUUUCCAGAAUCAUGUAUAUUCCAAGGAAACGGAUGCUAAUAUCACAAAAGAAUCUCUAAGAUCAGUUGAUAAUGAUGAAUCCGAACCGUUCAAUGUUAAAACCAACAUACUUACCUACAUCAAGAGCAACCAAUAUAUCCAACAUAUCAUAAACAACCACAGAUUCAAUGCUAUUAUUAACCACAUCGCUAAUAUCAAAGAACACCCUCAGACUAUAAUCCUAGCCUCAAUAGCUUUAGCUGUCGUUCUUCGUUACGCUCAUCGCCGUAUUCGUUACGUACUUCGCAACUUCCCGGCGCUUUUAAACAAGCUGUUGCCCUACCUUACAGAGUUCCUAAGCUUACUUACAACUACUUGA